AUGGACUGCCCACUAUGGACACGUAAAUCUAUGAGAAUUGCUGGUGAAUGUGAAGUCGGAACCAUCGUGAUUGAAAAUGAGAAACAGCUCAUGGAUGCGAUCAGCUAUGCACCACAUGCUCGCAUACUCUUGGCUAUCUCGCUGACUGAAUGUCGUGCUGAAAGUGAUUCAUUGAUGGCUCACAAAGGUGCCCAUAUCGAAGAUGUCGAAGGUCUCCUAAUGACAGCAUUUGAGCUUAGAGCGAAAGUAGUGGGAAUCAGGUAA